GCACCCUCCACCAUCAAUUUCGAGCCCAGCUCUCGACAUCACCAAACUAACCUACCAGCACGUCGAGCUUUCCACCAUGUCUCACAGGAAGUUCGAGGCUCCCCGCCACGGGUCAUUGGCAUUCUUGCCCCGCAAGCGCGCCGCCAGGCACCGCGGUAAAGUGAAGAGCUUCCCCAAAGAUGACCCCAAGAAGCCUGUCCACCUCACCGCCGCCAUGGGCUAUAAGGCCGGUAUGACCACCAUCGUCCGCGACCUGGACCGACCCGGUGCGAAGCUGCACAAAAAGGAAAUCGUCGAGGCCGUCACCGUUAUCGAGACCCCCCCGAUGAUCGCUGUCGGUCUGGUUGGCUACAUCGAGACUCCCCGCGGCCUGCGCUCCCUCACCACCGUCUGGGCCGAGCACCUGAGCGACGAGAUCAAGCGACGAUUCUACAAGAACUGGUACCAGAGCAAGAGGAAGGCAUUCACAAAGUAUGCCAAGAAGCACUCCGAGAACAACGGCCAGUCCAUCACCCGCGAGCUCGAGCGCAUCAAGAAGUACUGCACCGUCGUCCGCAUCCUCGCCCACACUCAAAUCUCCAAGACCCCGCUCAAGCAGAAGAAGGCACAUUUGAUGGAAAUCCAGGUGAACGGCGGCAGCAUUGCCGACAAGGUCUCUUUCGGCCGCGGUCUGUUUGAGAAGCCAAUUGAGAUCAGCUCCAUCUUCGAGGACAACGAGAUGAUCGACGUCAUCGCUGUUACCAAAGGUCACGGAUUUAACGGCGUCACUGCUCGAUGGGGCACCAAGAAGCUCCCUCGCAAGACGCACAAGGGUCUGCGAAAGGUUGCCUGUAUCGGUGCGUGGCAUCCAUCCCACGUCCAGUGGACUGUUGCCCGUGCUGGUCAGAUGGGUUACCACCACCGUACCUCAGUCAAUCACAAGAUCUACCGCAUUGGCUUGGGCAGCGAUGCCGGGAACGCCGCCACAGAUUUCGACGUUUCCAAGAAGCAGAUUACCCCAAUGGGUGGCUUUGUGCGGUAUGGUGAGGUCAAGAACGACUUCGUUCUUCUCAAGGGAUCUUGCCCUGGUGUGAAGAAGCGGAUCAUGACGCUCCGCAAGUCAAUGUUCACACACACAAGCAGGAGGGCGUUGGAGAAGGUCGAGCUCAAAUGGAUCGACACUUCUUCCAAGUUCGGUCACGGUGCGUACCAGAGUGCGGCAGAGAAGAAGCAGUACUUGGGUGUGCUCAAGAAGGAUCUCCAGACGGCGGCAUAGAGUAUUGUUGUGGGCAGUGGAUGUGGAGUGCAUACUUUCUUCCCGGGAUGUUAGGCAAAUGGCAUUGGGUCUCUGCAUUGCUGAAGGUGAUGAGCGACUCACAAUAAGGAAAAAAAAAUCAAUGAUUCCCACUUC